AUGCAGUCGUACUUGUGGAAAACUACCAAAAAAUGGCAAAGACGUUUCGACUUCUUCUCGGGACGAAAGGAAUACUCUGUUGAACUUGUUCGUCUAAAGAGAUGGUGGGGAGAAAAAUUUCGCAUAUUUACAAAUGGUUUGGAAAUUGAUUACAUAACAUUCAAACGUUUAAACGGCUUGGCUGUUUGUCAUCCGAGCGAGCAGUACUCUUGGGAGUUCGAUGGGCGUUCUUUUCUUCUUAUGAUUGUACCAGGGACUUGUUCUGUGGUGGAAUAUCAUCUGUUUAUCGACGGUUUUCAAGUGAAUACAGAUGACACUCCAAGCACAAUAUGGAGACGUCGAGGAUGGGUUCUCAUUUGUCACGGUGUCAUGGAGGUUUUAAUCGGAGUUACACUGGAAGCUAUACGCUACAUCGAGGACCUGGUGCCUUGCUUUCUACUUUGGGAACUUUUAGGUCGCGUUCUGUUAAUCUUUGGCUUGUUAAAGAUUGUGGAAGGAUUGAUUUCACCCGCGGCGAUACACAACUAUCGUUUUGGCCCAGUUUACACAGUGUAA